AUUUGAGAAUGGGUCGCCUCUUGUAUAUAUUCAACCUUAUAUGGUUGGUUUCGUCGGUUAAUUAUGAAAGAGAGGGAAUCUUCAAACAUUAUACCAUGGAAGAUAUUCGAUUGAAAGAUUUUCUAUAUCAAUCGACUUACGUAAGAUAUGAUCUUAAUUGUGCGAUUCUCUGCUUAGUUAAUAUCUAUUGCUUCUCAUUCAAUACUUUCCCGAGCGUAACCAGACCCGGUAUGAAGCUAUGCGAGCAAAAUAUGGAGACAAUUGAGGGUUCUGGUUUUUAUGUCUACAGUAAAAAAGGUGGAGAACAUUACAAAAAGAUAAAGCCUGAUAAUACGAUUGAUAAUGAUAGGGGAGUGACGGCUGCCGGAUACCACAAUGCAAUUGCUUACCUAAUCUAUAAUGAUUUCAUGCUAAUUAGCGAUAUAAACAAGAUGUACGCUAAACCCUACAAAGAGCUUCAAGUUCCCAAGAUAGUCGAAGAUGCUGACGAUAUACUGAUAAAAGAAGCAAUCGAACCAAAUGUGCUUAAUUUCACCUGGAUUAAAGGAAGUGGGUUAUUCGAAAAUCAAUACGACAUUCAAUUAAAGAAUUGGAGAUCACAACCUACCCAUAUUGGUAACUUUAAAAGUAAAUAUAACGGCGUCGAAAUAGAUUCUGACGCCGUUCUAGAAUAUAAUGGAAAAAGUUAUUUUUUUAAAAAUAACAUAAUAACUUCGUACGACCCGAAUGGACCACUAUCCGUUUAUUAUAUUAGAAACAAAACUAUACCCGAAAAUCACUUCCUUCGCGUACCGAAUGAUGUAACAGCAGCGAUGUAUGUUACCGCUAAUAGAGCUUAUUUCUUUAAAAAGAGGCGAUUUUAUCUUGUGAACUUGUCUUCCAUGGCUGUCGAAUUCAUGUUUGUUACUCCAAAGUUCAUAUAA